AUGGGUGGAUCUCGCUGGCGGAACACGGCGCCGCAGCUGACGUGGACCGCUGAAGGUCCCGACUGGAGAGGGGUCUCCUCGGCCAUGGUGGCGAUAGUGGUCACGAACCGGGGGGGAGUUUCCGGGAGCGAAGGUCCAGGUUGGUGCCACAAGGCGUUAGCUUACGCAAGGGACAACUUCAGCCACGACCGCAUAGUGUACGACACCCUGGAUGUUGAACACCACGACCCAGAGAGCCUCACGGAAAGAUACGGUGCCUUCGACCGCGUCUACUCAUUCCUGGCUUUUCACUACGUGGCGGACAUCGCGAAGGCCUACAGAAACAUUUUCAAGCUACUGAAAGGCGGAGGAGAGUGUCUGGUGUUGUCCAUCGUGAAAGCCGACGCCAUCGAAGUUUGGAACGAGGCGUAUCAAAUGGAGGAGUGGAAUGCACUAAUGAUUAACCCUACAGCACUGUUUCCAGGAGUGGUACAUAGCGGUACAGCCACAAGAUCAGCCGCUCAACUAGAUGCCCACACGAGGGAAAGUGUUUCUACGGCUGGUCUGCACUGUUUAACCUACCACAGGUACAACAGCCGCUGGGUGUUCCGUCGCACGGAAGACUACCUCGGCCAGAUGGGCCGCUGCCUGAAUAUUAGGCUAAGGGAGCACCACAGAUCCCUGAAAGGUGCCCCCUAUUCGCACCUCGCGCGUCACUCUCGAUAG